AUGCAAAUUACAGAUCUUGAUUCAAAGCCGCACCAGUGUCACCUGUGCCAGAAAGCAUUUACUCGGAUUGAUCUUCUGAAAAGACAUAUCGCCGCACAUGAAGCUAAAGGGGACCACCUCAACCCAUCCCUCUCAGAAGGCAGCUCAGGUUCUUUGAGCCGAGUAUCACAAGCGUGCCAGUCCUGCGCUACAAACCACCUCCGAUGUACCGAGACGAAGCCGUGUCGUCGUUGUGUAUCCAAAGGCAUCGAGUGUGUUAGUAGUCGUCCCCUUGAUGCCGAGAACGCGUUCACACCCCCGGAGACUGUACCCCAACAGAGCAUGACAUCCCCAAAUGUAUCGUUACAGGAUACGAGUGACAAUGCCUUAAAUACCACGCCCUAUCAGGAGAAUAGCCUCCAAGAAGAUCUACUCUCGGACCUUGAUGUUACCCAAGCAAUCGCGAAUGACUUCAUCGAAGUCCGAUCAUUUCCUAAGCACCCAGACAUGUUGUUUGCGUCUGGAACCAGCACUCCGUUCGGACCUUUCAGCUUCGACCCAGAUAUGAGUAUGGAAUUGGAUGACAUCGACCUUAGAUUUCUGGAUUCUUAUAAUGUUAAUAUCCCCUUCGGUGCCGACGAGUAUACGCCAACCCCUUCCAACAUCUUGUCAAUGGGUGAGGGCGUGGGCUCCACCCCAAAGAGUAUAUGCACAGACGCCUAUCGGACUUCGCACUGGAGCUUUCGGCCUGGGGCCAACGAUCAUGGGGGAGCAGAGGAGGAGAACUUGACUCUCACUGACGACGGCCACAAUCCGCCUGAAAAGCGAGUCCCUGUUGAGACAAGAAUUACCUCGGCAAGCCUGGCUACAGCCGGACGGGAUAAACUGAUAACGACGAUUAUGAGGAGCUGCAGGACAGACAGCCUUUUCAAAGCAGCAGCAUCCUUCCCAUCCAUAAAUCUCCUCGACUCACUCUUGCAGUUUUAUCUCUCUUCGCCUUCGUCUGAAGCAAGAUACUUUCUCCAUGCGCCCACCUUUGACCCAAAUAAGAAGCGAUCCGAAUUGAUCAUGGCCAUGGUAGCCCAUGGUGCUGUAUUAACACUGGACCCAACAUUUCUAAAAUUGGGGUUUGCUAUGCAAGAGGCAGCGAGGGUCGCUAUACCCACACUGUGGGAGGGCAAAAAUGCAUUGAUUCGUGACCUGCAACUGACUCAGGCGUUCUAUAUUACUUUGGAAAUUGGCCUGUGGAGUGGGCACAGUCGUAAAGUCGAAAUAGCAGAGAGCUUUCUUCAACCAUUUCGGAAUACAAGGGGACAAGAGCUUGAGGAGACCUGGAACAAAUGGGUCGAGCAGGAAUCAUUCAAGCGCAUUUGUUUCCGGGUUCUGCGGCACGACAGUAAUUCCUCAGCGAGCCUCCUCACCAACCCUCUGAUUUCCUACGCCGAAUUGAAGUUGCCUCUCCCCGCAUCGGACAAGCUGUGGUCUGCUCCAACAGCCGAGCGGUGGAAGGAGGUCUUUCUGGCUGAAAUACUUGAAUCACCGCCGGCUAUCGGCGCCUACCUUGAGGAUCCGAGGCUCUUCGCCACCAUUGGCAACAGGAACGAUCUAUUGAGCAGAAGCCACGCCUUUCUAUCCUGUAUAUGGAGCAUGGCGUGGGAGUACAUCCAGUUGAACUCCAUGCAACGCACUGCCCCUGGUCGGUGGAGCGGCAUCGUUCUCAAGUCCCGUCAGGACGAACUGCUGAAGCUUCUUGAGCACUUCCGGCUGAGCACAGAGCCCGGUGUGGCAUUCGCCCCAGAUGUGACGAUGCGCACUGAGCAGAUCCUUUUGCAUCUGUACAUAUCCAUCGAAGACGUCCAGGUCUUUGCUGGCAUCGAGGGUCCGGAACGGUCCUCUGCCAUUUAUCCCAUCAUUCAGGACUGGGCCAAGGGUGAAUCAGCACGCAGGGCGGUUUGGCAUGCGGGCCAGAUCUUGCGAGCAGCCCGGCUGAUACCGAAAGAGCAGAUCCGGGAUUCGCUGGCUAUCAUGAUGUAUCACGCCAGCCUCGCCCUUUGGGUAUAUGGGGUUGCUUGUGAGGAUCAUCCAAGAGACACGCUUCGCGCACCGAGAUCCAGCUCAGGGAGGGAGGUACUGUUAGAUGGUACUGAUGGCGUUCAUGUGCAGCGAUUCAUGCAGCUCGGCAAUGGGGUACCAUGCAUCCAAAUCCCGUCCGCAGAUACUACGGCAUAUGCUUCAUCUAGUUCCAGCGUCCCAUUGGCAUGCCAUGAGAUGGUCAUGGAUACCGUGGUGGCCUACUUGCAUGCGAAUUACCCGGGUGAGGGGAGGCCACUCCUGGUAGAGGAAAUCAUACAGAUCAUGGUAGGACUACGCAACUCGGAUAAGACGCUUGUGGAUCGGUCCCUUGCAUGA